AUGCUGAACUUCUUCCUUCCCAAUUUUGGGUCGCUCUGGACCACGACCUCGUGGUUAUAUCUAUUUAUCGCUCUGUGGCUCCACCGCUACGUGCGCCUACUCGUUCACUGCGUGAGCCACUGGUCGUACAAGUCUAAGCCUGUCCCCGCGAAGCCCAGCUUCACUUCGGAGGACGUGACCGUCAUUAUUCCGACGAUCCACAAUGUCUUCGAGGAGCUUCGUCCCUCUCUUGAGAGCAUUCUUGCCUGCAAGCCAUACGGCCUUCUUCUUGUGACCACCGUUGACAAGCACAAGUCCCUUGCCAAGCUCGCAGAGACUCUGCCGCAUCCCAACGUCCAAGUUCUGUCCACCCCCAUCGCCAACAAGCGUCUCCAGGUCUGUGAGGCUCUGCCUAACGUCGCAACCAAAAUCACCAUUAUGGCCGAUGACGACGUGACUUGGCCAGAAACCAUCAUGCCAUGGCUGUUGGCGCCUUUCGAGGACCCGAAGAUGGGAGGAGUUGGCACUUGUCAGAGGGUCAGGCGUGUUUGGGAGGGACCAUGGUCGACUCGCAUCUUCAAUUGGCUGGGCGCAGCGUACAUUGAGCGACGCAAUUUCGAGAUAUCGGCCACCCACAACAUUGAUGGCGGUACAUCGUGCAUGUCUGGUCGCACCGGCGCCUACCGUUCCGAGAUCCUAUCGAGCCACGACUUCCUUGAGGGCUUCAAGACGGAGAAAUGGGGGCCGUACAUCCUGAACGCCGAUGACGACAACUUUGUCACCCGCUGGCUUGUCAGUCACCAGUGGAAGACCUGGAUCCAGUAUGAGCGCGAGUGCGAGCUCGAGACGACGCUCGAAAAUGGCAUGAACUUCCUCUACCAGUGUUCCCGAUGGGCUCGCAGCAACUGGCGAAGCAAUUGGACGAGCCUGGUUACGGAGCGAUACGUGCUGACUCAGCAAAUGUGGUGCACCUACGCCCUGCACAUUGCCACCUUUACUUCUCUGGCCUUCGUGAUGGAUCCCUUCAUCAUCGUGGCUCUCUGGAAGGGGACCGCCGAUUGGGAUCCCGAGAACCGACGCAUCGCUUUCUGGGCUCAGAUUGCCUUCGUCUUUGGCUUCACCAAGGUAGUCAAGCUUAUGGGCCUUUUCAAGCGAAACCCCAGCGAUCUCGUGUUCCUCCCGGCGUCGAUUCUCUUUGGCUGGUUCCACGGCCUCAUCAAGCUGUAUGCGCUAUUCACACUGAAGAUGACUUCAUGGGGCAGCCGUGCCGACGGUGACGCUAAUGAUGACAUUCGUCUCUUCCCCCGUCCCAAGCGCGCCACCAGUAUGACGACACCUCCCAAUGGACAGGAUCUCAUCAGGUACCGCCAGACAACCGAGAAGAGCGGGCACAUCGAAGCUCGCCAGUAG